GGGAAUCACGAAAUUCCGGUCAUGAGCACUUCUAUUCUACUGGUAGAAACGAAAUAGCGUCAUAAGGAUAACAACGAUAACAACAUUGCUCGAACACUGCCGAAGGAAAGAAGUUCGGAAACUUCGUUCAUGAUAUUGUGUAACAGUUGCUUCCUGAGUGAAAAGAUGUUAAUAUAAAACAAAGUGAAUGUUUUAAAUACAUCGAGUUAUCGUACACAUUUUACUUUGCAUUUAGAUAUUAUAGAAUCCAUUUGAAAAAGUAUUAAUAAGUUUCAUGUCGAGCUGAAGGAAGUCUUGGCUGUACCAAGAAUGUCACAAGAGGACGAUGUAGGAUUUUUGUAUAAAACCAUGAUUGAAAGAGAUCCCAAAAAGAGGAGAGUCAAGCCUGUAGGGUCAGCACCAUCUUUGCUUGAUUUUGAUUUAGGUGAAAGCUCUGAUGACAGUGAUUUCAGAAUUGAAGAUCAUUGCGAAGAGUCUGAUGACGAUUCAGUCGAUUCUAACGACAUUGGGAAAGAAGAGGAAGACGCGUCUGAUGAAUCUGACGACUCUUUGGAAGACCCGUUAUUGAAUAAGAAAGAAAAUCCUAGUUUAACUGUAGGAGAUGUAAUUGAGCAGGCCAAGCAGCAAGCAUUGAAAGGAGGCUCGCUCGAAGAUAAAUUAAGUAAAAUGCUAAUUUGUUGUGGCUGUUUAGGAGAUAGAAGCGAUGACAUCAAUGAGAUUGUCGAAUGCGACGGAUGUGGUGUCAGUGUGCACGAAGGAUGUUACGGUGUAUCUGACGUAGAGAGCUUCUCAAGUACAGACUCUUUGUGCCAGUCGGCACCAUGGUUUUGCGAAGCUUGCAGCGCCGGCAUCGAAGACCCCUGUUGCGAACUGUGCCCCAAUAAAGGUGGAAUUUUUAAAGAAACUGAUGUAGGCAAAUGGGUGCAUCUGGUGUGCGCACUUUACGUACCUGGCGUUGCUUUUGGCGAGGUCGAUCGCUUGUCAAGUGUAACUCUUUUUGAGAUGGCAUACAGUAAAUGGGGAGCAAAGCAGUGCUCUUUAUGCGAAGACGCACGCUUCGCCCGCACUGGUGUAUGUAUCGAAUGUGAUGCUGGAAUGUGUCACACAUAUUUUCACGUAACUUGUGCGCAAAGAGAAGGUCUGCUCUCUGAGGCUCAUAGCGAAGAAGUUGAUCAAGCCGAUCCGUUCUAUGCGCAUUGUAAACUUCAUUCCGAUAAGACGCUUGUUCGUAGACGUAGACGUAAUUGGUUGGCUCUCCAAUUACGAGCUCAGUACAGGCAACAGUUACUGAAACAGCCUAAUCAUUUAGAUACCGAGGAGCAGCGUAGAAUACAAAGGAAAUUAGCGAAGCAUAGGCAUAAAUAUUUAGCGCACAAGGCCUCCAGACCGCCACCAUGGGUGCCGACGCAAAAGAUGCCACGUCUGUUGACCACGUCGGCUUCAGCUUGCCGGCAAUUGGCAAGAAAAGCCGAGCUGAUGGGCGUCGAUACUGCCGCAUUGGAAGCACAAGAAGCGCAGCUUGUAGCUUUGGUCGACGUUAGGAAAAAAUGGCAUAUUCCUCCUGCAUUUAGCGUAGAGUUUAUCGGUUAUUACUUAGAUCGAAACUUGCGGGUGACAUCCAUGAAAAGAAGGUUGCAAGAGCUGCUCGAUAUUAAUUCCCAAUUACUUAACGAGCAACAGAGACUAGAUAGAAAGUAUGAUGAAGUAAUGAAAGAUAAUGAGGAACAGAUUCGCGUGAACGUGACAUUGAAGGAGAAAAUAGAAAUGUACCAUCAUGUGCUUCAAAGCAGCGGUUAUACGAAACCGCUGCCACAAAUAUCAGAUUUGGUGAAACCGAGAAUAGCGCCGACUCUAGGCACAGGUUUAGGUGUUCCUACUGCCGCGGCUUUAAAGAUGGGCGUUGGAUUUCCUUUACCGGUCGGCAAAGGGAUAGAAGGAAUACGCGAAGGUAGAGUGUUGAGCAGUCAGGCGCAAGAACAAAAUCACAAGGGUGAACUGACGUUGAGACAUCAGUGUGGAAUAUGCAGGAGAUCGACGAAUCAACAUCUGCUCGCGAAAUGCGACACGUGUCAUUUGCAUUAUCAUUUAUCUUGCCUUAGCCCGCCUCUAUCGCGUAUGCCUAAGAAAACGAAACUGAUGGGAUGGCAAUGCUCGGAAUGUGACAAGGAAUCGUCAGGCUCGGAGGUUGAACAUGUCGACACUUCGGCUCCACGUAAAUUGAGGCAUUGUAAGGAAGAUUCUAAUUUGACAUCGACGCCGACACCGCCCCAAGAGGUACAAGUGCCUACGACGCCAACAACUCCGAGUACGUCAAAAAAUUCUUCCAACGUUAGCGUAACAAAUGUUGCCAUCGAGACACCCACAACGCCGAAAGUGACGAUAAAACCGGUUGGUCCACAACCACUGACUUCGACUCCUGUUCAAUCGAGCGAGCCAAUGUAUAAUCAGCAACCUAUUAAUAAUGUAACGAUAGCCAGAGAGGGAUCGCCUGAAUACAUGGUCGCUUCAGCGGAUGGUACCGAAUCUGUUUCUCAGCGAAGUGCAAAGAAAAGAAGGAGAGAAAAACAUAAAAGAUAUACUCCUGAUCCAAUUACGGGUGUAAAACAAAGGAAACGCAAGCACAAACGGAAAAGUCUUGACGUGGAGAAUCCCGAGGGGCAAGGGCAACCAGAGAUUCACAGAAGGAUCACCAUAAAAAUAAAACCAAUUCCACGACCAGAGGGGGAUGCAGCAUCGGAGUCAAGUCCGCAAAUGUUUAUUGCCACGUCGACGAGUACCGAAAUUCCGUCGCUGCCGCCUUUACCGAAGCUGCCACCCCCGCUUGUUCCACCGUUGCCUUCAAACAGUACAUCUGUGACUGCAAAUGUAUCGAGUAAUAAUACGAAUAGUAGGGCGUCCACAGGGAACGGAAAGAAGGGAAAAGACACAGACCUUCUGACGCAUUGCAAUGUCUGCGAUAUGCCUGGCACCAGUCAGAAUCUCGUCAUGUGUGAUGAAUGUAAAAAAUGCUACCACUUCACUUGUCUUGAUCCACCUGUUAAAAAGUCGCCCAAGAGAAGAGGCUAUUCUUGGCAUUGCGCGGACUGCGAUCCUAGUUAAAAGCUGUGCCAUCUUUAUUUAUUGAAUAAUCAAAUGCAACGUUCCAUUUACGAAAUAUCACGUGGCAAUUAGUUAUUAAUACGAAAAAAAAACUUAAAAUCUCAAUUUUGUAAGAAAAUGGGAACAAUUCUUCAUAAAAGAUGGAUAAUACACCUACACUUCGUAUAAUUUCGAAGCAGCCAAAGCAACAAAAAUUAGGCUAAAACUUAUUUAUGGAUACUUCCACUUGAUCUAAAAUUGUCACUACGAAUAUAUAUAUAUACAUAUAUAUAUA